GUGGCGCGCCGGCCGGCCGGGGGCCAGGUCUGGGCUUGCAGGCACAGUGUGAGCGGAGGAGCUGAGCGAAGGUGCACGGAGCCGGAGCGCUGGGGCGGCUGACAGUCUGCGCUGCCCCGGCCGGGCUGGGGCGCGUCUGGGGCAUGGGGCAGGGAGAGCCCAGCAGUUGACCAUGGCUGAGGGCUGGCCGUGGAGCUCCCGGCCCGGGGCUGCGUGCCCCCGCAGGGCCGUGAGCAUGUGCGAGUCGCUGGACCUGCGGGGCGACCCGGCGGUGCAGGCUGCCCUCACGGCCGCCCAGCAGCAGAAGAGACGGCCCAAGAGCCUGUGCUCGGUGGGCAACGGGCUAGGCCCUGGCGCCCUGCUGCUCCCAGCGCCCCCCGCCAGAGCCCGCAGCGGCUUGCUGGACUUCUUCAGGCUGCGGCCUCCCCGCCGGCGGGAGGAGGGGGGCCUGGCUCAUGGGGCAGAUGGGGCGCAGCGCCUGCGCCCAGCCAGCAUGACCUGCCUGCCCUCGGGGCGGCAGCCGCCCGCUGCCGAGGCCUCGGGCUUCCUGCGGGGCAGCUCCCUGUGGGGCAGCGGGCGUUGGAACAUCUUCCGGGGCAGUGGCCGCAGCAGCCCCGGCCCCAGGAGGAACUUCAGCUCCCUGCGCAAGAGCUUCAGCUUCCGCCUGCGGCGCGGCCAGGAGCUGCGGCGCUCGGAGUCGGGGGGGCUGCUGCGCCCGCCGCGCCUCCGCACCAAGAGCGAGGGCGACGCCAGCUCCCUGCACACCUGCCCCAGCAAGCGGGACCUGCUGUACCCGGAGUUCGGGCGAGCCGGCGGGAAGCCGUGCUCAGGCUCCGGCCAGGCCGGCGGCCUCUGGAAACUCCUCACCGGCCGCUUCCGCAGGCGGGACCGGGGCAGCGCUGCUCCCCAGGAGUCCCCCCGAGGCGCCGAGCCCCUCCUUGUGGCCGUGGGGGGCAGCCCGCUGCGAGCAUUGGAUUCGUUUGUGAACAGCCAGGAAUGGACCCUGAGCCGCUCGGUGCCUGAGCUCAAAGUGGGCAUCGUGGGGAACCUGUCCAGCGGCAAGUCAGCCUUGGUGCAUCGCUACCUGACUGGCACGUACGUGCAGGAGGAGUCCCCAGAAGGUGGCCGGUUUAAGAAGGAGAUCGUAGUGGAUGGUCAGAGUUACCUGUUGCUGAUUCGAGAUGAAGGGGGCCCCCCCGAGCUCCAGUUUGCCGCCUGGGUGGACGCCGUGGUGUUUGUCUUCAGCCUGGAGGACGAGAUCAGCUUCCAGACGGUGUAUAACUACUACCUGCGGCUCUGCAGCUACCGCAGCACGGCCGAGGUGCCCAUGGUCCUGGUGGGGACGCAAGACGCUAUCAGUGCCACCAAUCCCCGUGUCAUCGAUGACUCUCGGGCCCGCAAACUCUCCAACGAUUUGAAGCGCUGCACGUACUACGAGACCUGUGCCACCUACGGCCUGAACGUCGAGAGAGUCUUCCAGGAUGUGGCUCAGAAGGUGGUGGCCCUGCGGAAGAAGCAGCAGCUCUCCAUAGGGCCCUGCAAGUCCCUGCCCAAUUCACCCAGCCACUCGUCUGUCUCCGCUGCCUCUAUUCCUUCUGUGCACAUCAACCAGGCCACCAACGGCAGCGGUGCCUUUAGCGACUACUCCUCCUCCGUGCCCUCCACCCCCAGCAUCAGCCAGCGGGAGCUGCGCAUCGAGACCAUCGCUGCCUCCAAUACGCCCACCCCCAUCCGCAAGCAGUCCAAGCGGCGCUCCAACAUCUUCACGUCUCGAAAGGGCGCAGACCCGGAGCGGGAGAAGAAGGUGCCGGAGUGCAAGGCGGACAGUAUCGGCAUCGGGCGAGCCAUUCCCAUUAAGCAGGGCAUUCUCCUGAAGCGCAGCGGCAAGUCCCUCAACAAGGAGUGGAAGAAGAAGUAUGUGACGCUGUGCGAUAACGGAGUCCUCACCUACCACCCCAGCCUGCACGAUUACAUGCAGAACGUCCAUGGCAAGGAAAUAGAUCUGCUGAGAACAACAGUGAAGGUGCCGGGCAAGCGGCUCCCCAGGGCGACGACGGCGACAGCCCCCAGCGCCAGCCCCAAAACCAACGGGCUUGCCAAGGAGCGGAGCAGCAUGCAGUUCCCAGGAGGCCCAGGUAAGGAGAGGAGGAGGGUCUCGCCCAGGCUGAGCGGCUACAUGGCUCUUAGCUAAGUCGCAAGUAGACAAUGCACGAGUGGUUCCGGUGUCUCCUGCUCCUCCCACUCUUUUCACCAGUGUCUUUUACACAGCGACCCUGUGUCUGCACGGGGCCGAGAUGAGCGCCCUGUUUGGGCAGGGCCAUCUGGCUUCCCUCCUGGAGAUGGGACGGGGCUGAAACACUUGCCUCUCAGGCCCCUGACAUUUGUGUGGCUUCACAGUUACAUUUUCCUGUUUUAGAAAACGUUUCCCCUCUGUUGCCAUGGGAGCCCCGGUGACUGGCUGAUCUGCCAGGCAGACAGGGGACUAUCCGGCUGCACAAAGUGCUGGCAGAUGCAUAAAGGAAAGAGACUGUAAAGUGUGUGAAAGCUUUUCCAUAGUCCGUCUCAGUGGCAGUGAUUGGAGAGUUACGGGGCAAGAGCAAGUCCCAGAUUUUCAGACAAGUGGAUUUUCAUUCAUUGGUGUCCCUUUAAGAGACGUUCGGGGUGAGAGGAAUGAGAAGUUUCCUAGGGUCUAGCUCAGGGGUUCUCAAACUGGGGGUCGGGACCCC